AUGUUGUUUCGUGGUCAACGUCUAGCUGUAAUAUUCUACAUUCUAUGGCGUUGUAUAGUUGUAUGUUCAAGAAGUCAUGUGGAAAGCAGUAUGGAAAAAUCGCUAAUUCGUAUGAUUUUACAACGCUACAAACAAAAUGGUGUUGUGGGUCGACCAGUUAACGAUAGUCGAGUGAAAGUGGUUGUUCAUUAUGGUCUACAGUUAAUUCAACUACUUGGACUUGAUGAGAAUAAACAGAUUUUACGAACAAAUUGUUGGACUAUGUAUCGAUGGAGCGAUUCCCUCUUAAGAUGGAAUGCAAGUCGAUUUGGAGGUAUUACGGAGUUGAGGAUAUUUCCUCAUCAGAUAUGGACACCUGAUAUCAAACUCUAUAAUUUUGCUGAUGAACGUUUGCAAGAAUUUAGAGAGGGUCGUCUGGUGGUAAACAGCGAUGGUAAUAUACUAUGGAUUCAACAAGCAUUAUUUAGGAGUACGUGUCAAGUUGAAAUUACUUAUUUUCCAUUCGACAGUCAAGUUUGUAUGCUUGAAUUUGGCUCUAUGGCAUAUGACAAGACACAGCUAGAUCUAGAAUGGUGGAUACCGAGUGGAAGUGAUACUCCCAUGCCGUAUGUUGACUUCUCAGAUUAUGUACCAGCAAAUGAAUGGUUUACAGAUGGUGAAACAGAAAGGAAUAUACGACAUGAGGACAGAGUGCUUCAGUUACGAUCUGUCAAACGGUAUCGAGUUAGAAAACAUUCAAUUGGAUCCAAAAAACAUGAAAGAUAUUAUCCUGUUUUGCGUUACUUAAUACGUAUUUGUCGCAAUCCAAGUUUUCAUCUGUUUAUUCUAAUUGUUCCAUGUUUAUUAUUAUCCCUGCUAAGCUUAGUUGUAUUCUGGUUGCCACCAGAUUCAGCAGCUAAAAUGAUGCUUGGGAUAAACAUCUUUGUUGCAUUCUUUGUGCUACUUUUACUAUUAGCACGGUCUAUACCAAGUGCGAUUAAAAAUUUUCCCAUAAUAGGUAUCUUCUUUUGUCUGAACAUGGUUAUGGUCACACUGUCAAUAUUUAUGGCAACUUGGGUAGUCAAUUUAUUCUAUAAAGGAAAUGAAGGCCGACCAGUUCCUUUCUGGAUUCGUCGAUUCAUUAUUGACGGAGUGGGCCGUUUACUUGGCAUUAGACAAACAAUCCCUUUAAUUGAUAAGUCACAACGCUCGGGUGUUCAGAUUCCUUUCUUUUCGACUUCAGUCAAUGAAAGUGGAAAGAAUAAUCAAGUAGAGAAAGUCAACAACUGUUGCAACGAUAAAAUUAGUACGAAUUAUCCACACUGCAACUAUACAGCUAUAACAGAAGAUAAUCAAAGAGAUGGUGUCAGCAAGUACCAGCUUGAUGCAUCUUUGUUAUCUAAAGAAGAAUAUCUGGGAAAUCUGUCAACAGAAAUUAAUUACAAUGAAUUGAAGAAAACUUCACAUGAUAUUACAGAGUCCUUACAACAAAUGAACAUUAAACAAAUCAAAGUUGGGCAUAAAAAUUCACUUGGUGCUGAAUGGCGUAUACUGGCUUUGAUUAUUGACCGUUUGUUUUUUAUCAUUUAUUUAUUCACUUUAAUUACCAUAGCUGCACUUGUCUUUCUGAAAACUGAUCUACCGGACACCACUUUACAGUUGACCAACCGAAAUGUAGUUGAUCUUUAG